AGAGAGGUCAGGACAAAUCUCAGAAGGCUUCAUAGAGGCGGUGGCAGGGAAGGGGUGUCACUGUCACUGGCCCUGGGACCUGGAGGAAGAUUAGCGAAAGGGGACAGAGAGAGGGAGCUGAGGCAGGAGGGGAGGAGCUCAGCAAGGUGAGACCCCUGGCUGGGGGAGAUCUCGUCCACCCAAUGGAGGGAAGGAGUACGUCACUUGGGCCGAUCAGGGAGGGCCUUGAAUGCCAAAGCAGGGUGUUUGCCUCUCACUGAUCAGCACCAGUCAUAGCUCUUAGUAAAACCCAACGAGGGUUUUACAGGCCCGAUCUCACUGAAUGAGUCUGGCAUUCCCUGAAGUGGGUAACAGUAGCCUCCCCUUACCCGCGGCCUCGGUUACUCACGGUCAACCAGGGUCCGGAAGCAGAUGAUCCUCCAGCCUAACUAUGUCUCAGUGCCGUGUCAUUCAGCUCACUCUGUUUCGUCAGGUAGGCAUUUAGAUGUCACAGCAUCGCAAGGAGGGUGAGCACGAGAGGCCACAUCCACAUGAUGCUUGUUACCGUAUGUUGUUAUAAUUGUUCCAUCCUAUUAUUCGCUAUUGUUCAUUCCUUACUGUACCUCGUUUAUAAUUACAUUUUAUCGUAGAUACAUACACAUAGGAAAAAACAUCGCGUAUAUAGGGUCUGGUACUAUCUGUGGAGCGGUCCUAUCCGCUGGGAGUCUUGGAAUGCAUUUCCCAUGGAUAAAGGGUUGACCACUGUACUGUUUGUCGUUUGUUUGUUUUUUGUGUUGUUUUGUUUUUUUUAAGUCAUCUCUCUGCCCUGCGUGCGGCUCGAACUCAUAACUUCAAGAUCAAGCGUUGCAUGCUCUACUGACUGAGCCAGCCAGGUGCCCCUUCGUACUGUGAUCUGGAAGGGGCUUCCCCAGGGCUCCCAGAGAUGCCCCCUGGGGAGCUGUUUUCAGCAGGUUUUUUUUUUUUUUUUUUUAAUGAAUCAUGAUUUCCUUAAGUUGGUGAUUAACUCUGAUUGCAAUCAGAAUCAAUUGGGUAGCCUUUUUUUUUUUAAUGUUUAUUUAUUUUUGAGAGAGAGAGCAGAAGCUGGGGAGGGGCAGAGAGAGAGAGGGAGACACAGAAUCCAAAGCAGGCUCGAGGCUCCAAGCGGUCAGCACGCAUUCCGACGCGGGGCUGGAACUCGUGGACCGCGAGAUGGUGACCUGAGCCUAAGUCAGAUGCUUAUCCGACGGAGCCACCCAGGCGCCCCUCAGCAGGUUCUAUUGCAGAGGUGAAGCCACACGACAGAGCCUGAGAGAAGUCUCUUAUUAAGGUAGUACAGCUAUUCUGGCCAAAGCUGAGGAUUUCAAGUCCGUUUCCACUCAGGGUCAACUCAGAGGUUCUCACAUGUUGGCGGAGAGGCUCAGCAGGAAAGGCUGUUGGGAUGGAUUAGCAGUGUGCGCCCUGGGUGCAGGCAGGUGGCCAUCCCUGGGCUCAUGUCCAGCAUCAGCUAGAGAGGUCCCCCUGGUGCUUGGCAUUCAGGACGAACCCUUCCCUCCGCCCCCGUGUUGGGGCCACAGCCCCCUAAAUCCAGAGAAACCCAGCCCCACCACGCAAGGUGCAGACGCUUCUGUUCUGGGCGCCUCCUGUCGUGCCAUUCAGUUCCUAGGGGGACAGAACCCUGGAGGAGAUUCCAGGAGACCCGGGUUCUGUCCCCGCUCUAUCAUUAACCAGCUGAGUGACCUUCGGUACAUCUUUCCUACCCGGGCCCUGGGCCCUUGUCUGUAAUGGGUGGACGUGAGGGCACAUCCUGCGGGGAUUUGACACAUGUAGGAACAAUGACCUGCUCCUGCCUGUCACCUCUCCUCACCCUCCAUUCCCACUCACCACGCCGUCCUCUGUCCAUAGACAACCUCUUAGUCCUCACGGUGGCCACGAAGGAGACUGAGGGGUUCCGACGCUUCAAGCGUUCAGGCCAGUUCUUCAACUACAAGAUCCAGGCGCUGGGCCUGGGGGAAGACUGGAAUGGGGAGAAGGGGGCGUCAUCAGGUGGAGGGCUGAAGGUUCGGCUGCUGAAGAAAGCUCUGGAGAAGCACGCAGACAAGGAAAACCUGGUCAUUCUCUUCACAGACAGCUAUGACGUGGUGUUUGCGUCGGGGCCUCGAGAGCUCCUGAAGAAGUUCCGGCAGGCCAGGAGCCAGGUGGUCUUCUCGGCCGAGGAGCUUAUCUACCCUGACCGCAGGCUGGAGGCCAAGUACCCGGCAGUGUCCGAUGGCAAGAGGUUCCUGGGCUCUGGAGGCUUCAUCGGUUAUGCCCCCAGCCUCAGCAAACUGGUGGCCGAGUGGGAGGGCCAGGACGGUGACAGUGACCAGCUCUUUUACACCAAGAUCUUCUUGGACCCAGAGAAGAGGGAGCAGAUCAACAUCACCCUGGACCACCGCUGCCGUAUCUUCCAGAAUCUGGAUGGAGCCUUGGAUGAGGUGGUGCUCAAGUUUGAAAUGGGCCACGUGAGAGCGAGGAACCUUGCCUAUGACACCCUUCCGGUCCUGAUUCAUGGCAAUGGGCCCACCAAGCUGCAGCUGAACUACCUGGGCAACUACAUCCCGCGCUUCUGGACCUUCGAGACAGGCUGCGCUGUGUGUGACGAGGGCCUGCGCAGCCUCAGGGGCAUAGGGGAUGAAGCUCUGCCCACAGUCCUGGUCGGCGUGUUCAUCGAACAGCCCACGCCGUUCCUAUCCCUGUUCUUCCAGCGGCUCCUCCGCCUCCACUACCCCCGGAAACAGAUGCGGCUUUUCAUUCACAACCACGAGCAACACCACAAGGCUCGGGUGGAACAGUUCCUGGCAGAGCAUGGCAGCGAGUACCAGUCCGUGAAACUGGUGGGCCCUGAGGUUCGGGUGGCAAACGCCGACGCCAGGAACGUGGGCGCGGAUCUGUGCCGACAGGACCGUGGCUGCACCUACUACUUCAGCGUGGAUGCUGACGUGGCCCUGACGGAGCCUAAAACCCUGCGCCUGCUGAUCGAGCAGAACAAGAACGUCAUCGCCCCGUUGAUGACCCGCCAUGGGAGGCUGUGGUCGAACUUCUGGGGGGCCCUGAGCGCAGAUGGCUACUACGCCCGCUCCGAGGACUAUGUGGACAUUGUGCAGGGGCGGCGCGUUGGCGUCUGGAACGUGCCCUACAUCUCCAACAUCUACCUGAUCAAGGGCAGUGCCCUGCGGGCUGAGCUGUUGCAGACAGACCUGUUCCACCACAGCAAGCUGGACCCCGACAUGGCCUUCUGUGCCAAUAUCCGGCAGCAGGAUGUGUUCAUGUACCUGACCAACCGGCACACCUUUGGCCACCUGCUCUCCCUGGACAGCUACCAGACCAGCCACCUCCACAACGACCUCUGGGAGGUGUUCAGCAACCCCGAGGACUGGAAGGAGAAGUACAUCCACGAGAACUACACCAAGGCCCUGGCAGGGAAGCUGCUAGAGAUGCCCUGCCCAGAUGUCUACUGGUUCCCCAUCUUCACGGAGACGGCCUGUGACGAGCUGGUGGAGGAGAUGGAACACUAUGGCCAGUGGUCUCUGGGAGAUAACAAGGACAACCGCAUCCAGGGUGGCUACGAAAACGUACCAACCAUCGACAUCCACAUGAACCAGAUCAGCUUCGAGCGGGAAUGGCACAAGUUCCUGGUGGAGUACAUCGCCCCCAUGACCGAGAAGCUCUACCCAGGCUAUUAUACCAGGGCCCAGUUCGACCUGGCCUUUGUUGUCCGCUACAAGCCAGAUGAGCAGCCGUCCCUCAUGCCGCACCACGACGCCUCCACCUUCACCAUCAACAUCGCCCUGAACCGGGUCGGCGUGGAUUACGAGGGCGGGGGCUGUCGGUUCCUGCGCUACAACUGCUCCAUCCGAGCCCCACGGAAAGGCUGGACCCUCAUGCACCCCGGGCGACUCACGCACUACCACGAGGGGCUCCCCACCACCAGGGGCACCCGCUACAUCGCCGUGUCCUUCGUCGAUCCCUAAUUGGCCAGGCCAGCCACCUCGGACCUCUUCCUCUUUGCCAACAACCACUGCCGGGCAGCACUCUGGGGUGUCGGGGCCCCAGGGAACCUGGACCAGCCUCCAGGCUCUUGACCUCCAUUGCUCUUGGAGCCACCAUCGGAGGGAUUUGGCUGCGAGCCAGAGGCAGAACACACCUCCUUGGCUGGGGCUUUCCUGGUGCUCUGGACCCAGCCCAGGGAGGCGCCCCGUAGUCAGCAGUGCAUGUUCAUUGCUUUGUGGCAACUUGCCCUUUCCCACCCAUCUUCCUGACAUACCCAGUCCUCUUUCUCUGCUUCUUCCAUGGGGCGGGACUUGAGCAGAACAAGGGCUUAACCGGCUGCCCAGAGGUGCUCUAGGUGUGAGAAGGGAGCCCUGGAGCUUCUCCCGGGCAGAGCUGCAGCCCAGGACUUCUGCUCCCAGCAGACACAGAGACUGAAUCAGAUUCACGCCCCCUCCCUGCCCCCAGGACUGCCGAAGCCCCUUCCUCCGUGGCUCCUGUCGUGGGAGCAGAAUGUUGUCCCCUGGAGACGAUGACUCAGAAACCCCCCUGGGAGACAGGAAAGGCAUCGAUGCCAAAGCUCCAUCCUCUGCGUGGGGGGAGGGAGUGACAUGUCCGCACACUGCAGUGAAUCACCCUGUCCCGAUGCCUCUGGAGAGAGGGACAGACAGAAACAGGAGAGUUUCUAUUAAAGAUCAUUCACACCACAGAGUGG